GGUAAUGGAGGAUCUGUGGUGUGAUUAAGUAACUUGGUAGCGCCAAUGAUCGUUACCACCAACAUUGAUGGGGCCCCACCUAACGCAACUAAGUCCGUUCAAGGUUUUGUCACCAUGGUAGACCUUACUGCUCUCUUAGACAAAAAGCGUUCCAAGCAAAAUUUAACUACUUUCCAGUUCAUCUAUGACAGACCUUAUUCAAAGGAGAUUCUUUCUAAGCCAUAUCCCAAGAAAUAUGAGAGCCUCACGUUUCCACAAUACGAUGGGAGGAAAGAGCUUAUAAGUGGUACAAUACUUUGCUUCCAGGUUCUGUCCAUACUUGGGAUGAGAUGGUUAAGCAGUUUUGCUAAAAAUAUUUUCAAAGCGAAGAACGCAUCACAAUCCUUGAUCUCCACAACACCGGUCAACGCACGGUUCGCAAGGUUGCUUGAUGCUGCUAAGAGAACAUCCAUUUCUGUUAAAGUCGUUUUUAUUGGGAAGUCAACAGAAAAGCCAACGGAGAAGAAGACUACAGCUCAUACUUUAGUUGUCUCUGUUCAUGACCAAGGGCAAGGCCAGAAAAGAAGGGACCAUGAUACAACAUCACCACCACCUAUUUCUCUCAUUGUCGAAGAGCUAGAUGUGUUCUUAGAUCAAUGGAUUGCUAAUGGUGCUAUCAUAUUGCCUCAAUCAUCUUAUGAGCCUAGCAAUGAUGACAAGCGCAACCCCAAAUAUUGCCGCUACCAUCGCUUCACCCAUCAUUCCACUAUGGACUAUUUCUCCCUAAGGAGGAUCUAUCAUCACUGUGUUGCGGAGGGCUUAUUGGAGGUUCUGAAUGAUACACACUAAUCUCAUAAAAUAUAUAUUUAUAUGAUUUAUUUCUUCUAUUAGUCUAUUUGUUCUUUUUUUAUGGUUUUUUUUUCCAAUAAAAGAUUUGAUGGAUG